UUACGUUUUGUGUUACUAUAAAUUGAACAAACAUCUACACUACUUGUCUACUUCAAUUCUAGCAACAAUAAUAAUAUAGCUUUCAGUAAUUGUAGUACAUUUUGUACUCUAAAACUAAAGAAAACUCAUCACCUAUGGAUUUUAAGCCACUAAACACAGAAACUUUACAAAGUGAUACUUCCAAAGCUAUCAAUUAUAUAACCAGCUAUUAUGAAAACAUAGACAAGUACCCAGUUCAAAGCCAAGUUAAGCCUGGUUAUCUUCGACAGUUGAUACCAGAUAGUGCACCUUCUUCGCCGCAAUCUUUAGAGCAUAUACUUGAAGACGUCGAUGAGAAGAUUGUGCCUGGCUUAACUCAUUGGCAAAAUCCCAACUUCUUUGCGUAUUACCCCGCAAAUGCAAGCAAUGCUGGUUUGCUGGGAGACAUACUUUGCUCAGGGUUUAAUGUGGUGGGUUUUACUUGGAUAUCGUCACCGGCUGCCACUGAGCUUGAAGCCAUUGUUAUGGAUUGGAUGGGAAAACUGCUAAACCUGCCUCAACAUUUUCUUUUCUCUGGCGGAGGUGGUGGUGUCAUGCAUGAAAGUACAUGUGAAGCAGUAGUGUGCACACUGGCAGCUGCACGGGAUCGAGCUUUGAAUGUUCAUGGUGAAGACAAGAUAACCAAAUUGAUGGUUUAUGCAUCAGAUCAAACCCAUUUUACUUUCCAAAAAGCUUCUAAACUUGUUGGCAUUCCACCUCGAAAUUUUCGAGUACUUGCAACUUCAUCCCACACAGAGUUUGCAUUAUCACCUGAUAUAUUAAGGGCAACAAUGGAGGCUGAUGUAUCACAAGGGCUGGUACCUUUAUAUGUUUGUGCUACUGUCGGGGCUACCCCAUCAGGUGCUGUCGACCCCAUUGAUAGCCUUGCUAAAACUGCUACAUGUUUUGGUGCUUGGCUUCAUGUUGAUGCUGCUUUUGCUGGGAGUGCCUGCAUAUGCCCAGAGUAUAGACACUAUCUAAAUGGAGUGGAACUUGCUGAUUCAAUAAGCAUGAACCCACACAAAUGGCUCCUAUCAAAUAUGGGAUGCUCAUGCUUAUGGCUUAAGAACCCCAAAUUACUUGUGGAUUCUCUUUCGAGUAAGCCCGAAAUCCUCCGCAACAAAGCUACAGAAUUUGAAGAUGUAAUAGACUACAAGGACUGGCAAAUUGCUCUAAGCCGACGUUUUCGAGCCCUUAAACUUUGGAUUGUCCUACGUCGUUAUGGCUCAACAAAUUUGAUAUCCCAUAUAAGAAGCGACAUAGAGAUGGCCAAACAUUUUGAAUCUUUGAUUCAAAAUGAUAAGUUGUUUGAGUUGGUGGUACCUCGAAAAUUUUCUUUGGUUUGUUUCAUUCUAAGACCAGUUGGUAGAGAUAAUGAAGAUGUGACAAAGAUAAACCAGAAACUAUUGGAAGCUGUAAACUCAAGUGGCGAGGCUCACAUGACUCAUGCAGUGAUAGGAGGCAAAUUUGCUAUACGUUGUGCUAUUGGAGGGACGUUGACUGAGAAAUGUCAUAUAGAUAACUUGUGGAUGUUGAUUCGAAAGAAGGCUGUAGCUAUUACUUACCCAGGAUUGAGUGCUCUAAAAAACUAAAACAUAACGAGGUUGUUUGUAAGAUUAUAAGUUCAAUUAUUUCAGUAGAAAUAUCAAUUUGCGUUUAGAAUAUAUGAAAGCGUACUCAGUGCCGUUUCUGACAUUUUUGGGGCCCUAGGCGCAAAACGAAAAAUGGGCCCCAAAAUAUAGAUUUUUUUUCUUCAUAUAUCUGAUUUUAGAUACUAAUUUUUGAAGUUGUGUCUCGAACCUAUGCAAAAACAAAUAUAGCAUUUGUCUUUUAGAAAUAUGGUGGUAUUAGUACGCUUUAGUUUAUUUCUUCAAUAACUUAUUUUCUUAAAAGAAUUUCUUAAGUAUUGAACUCCAUCAUCAUUGAAUAAUCUAAAAGUCUUUCUCAUGGUAAAGUUAUCAUUUAUCACCAAAAAGAGAAAACUAUAUCUAUCCAUAAAAAAUACCCAAACACCCAUAUGAAAAAUAAAAAUUUGGAAAGGAAGAAAAUUGUUCAAAAAAAUUAAAAUAUUAGAAAAAAAAAUUAAUAGAAUGUGCAAAGAUAUUAUUACGAAACAACGACAUUUGAAAAUAAAAUCAAAAAGAAAUCAAAUAUCAAAAUUAAUACACAGACUUAUAUUUGACGGUCUAUCCAUGAGUACAUGGUUAUGUUUAAAAUAAAAUGGUAAGGUUUGAACAUAAAGGUUCAAAGUUUUAAAAUUUUAACACUUAUGCUUUGAAGUAAAAACCUCAACGAUUAUAAGAUUAUGAGCUAAAACCUUUUUACUUCAAAUUAAAACCUUUUGGUCUUAAUGGUCUAUCCCAAGACUUACUCAGUAUAGAUAAUAGUUUUUCAAUUGAUUUUCAAAGCUCCUUGUUGAGAAAACUUUUUUAGUAAAAUUGUUUUAGAUGAUUGAAACUCAUAUGAAUUGGAGUGUGGUACCAUACAAAUUAUAGAUGAUAAUUCUUUAUCACUAUUCAAUGGGAAUAUUGGACAAAAAUUUGCUAUUAAUUGUUGAACCUUUUGGGGAAAAUAAUGUUUUACAUUUGAAUUAAAGGUGAGAUGAUUGGGAAAACACAAAGAAGUUCAUGAGAUUGGCAAAAUAUUAGAACUAGGAGGUGAAAGUUUAGGAAAAAAGAUAGUAAUAAAGGUCCCUAAAAUAUUCUCUUUCUUCUUUUCUUGUUCGGUAUUUUCCGAGUAUCCCCGCACAGAAGCAAUUACUUUUUUUUUUUUACUACUUCAUAUGACAUAUUUUCUAAUUUGGGCCCCUUGAUGAGCUGGGCCCUAGGCGGUUGCACUCGAGGCCUACCCCCAGAACCGGCCCUGAGCGUACUAAAUAUAUUGGACAUCCCGACCCCCUAAAC